AUGUCCACUGGAGGCAGGUUUGACUUUGAUGAUGGGGGGUCGUACUGCGGGGGUUGGGAGCAGGGCAAGGCCCACGGCCGAGGGGUCUGCACGGGGCCCCAGGGCCAGGGGGAGUACGCGGGCGCCUGGAGCCACGGCUUUGAGGUGUUGGGCGUGUACACCUGGCCCAGCGGGAACAGCUACCAGGGCACCUGGGCGCAGGGGAAGCGCCAUGGCGUGGGCGUGGAGAGCAAAGGGCGCUGGGAUUACAGAGGAGAGUGGACGCAGGGCUUCAAGGGCCGCUACGGGCAGCUGGAGAGCGCGGCGAGCGGGGCCCGCUACGAGGGCACCUGGAGCAACGGUCUACAGGAUGGAUACGGCACUGAAACCUACUCUGAUGGAGGAACCUACCAGGGCCAGUGGCUGGGAGGGAUGCGGCACGGCUACGGCGUACGGCAGAGUGUGCCGUACGGCAUGGCGGCGGUCAUCCUCUUCCCACUGCGGACCUCUAUAAACUCCCUCCGCUCCGAGCACAGUCACGGGCCUCCGGCCGCGCUGGAGGACGGCACCAACACUGCCACCACCCCCACAGACGGGGUGGCGGCAGUGUUGGCCGGCAGCCCUGUGGGUCGGGGAGGCUUCGCGCUGACCGCCCCGAGCGAGGCAGAGCGCCAGAGGAAGAGGAAGGGACGCUUCCGCCAGUCCAUCCUGAGCGGGCUGAAGCUGCGGCGCUCGGAGUCCAAGAGCUCCCUUGCCAGUCAGCUCAGCAAGCAGAGCAGCUUCUGCAGCGAGGCGGGCAUGAGCACGGUCAGCUCCGCCGCCUCCGACAUCCACUCCAACGCCAGCGAGAACGAGCAGGGCGCCCCCGUGGACGCCACCGUCACAGAGACCUACACCGGGGAGUGGCGGAGCGACCAAAGGGCCGGCUGGGGGAUAAGUAGGCGCUCGGACGGCCUACAUUACGAGGGCGAAUGGGCGGCGAACAAGAGGCACGGCUACGGAUGCACUACCUUCCCCGAUGGUACCAAAGAGGAGGGCAAGUACAAGCAGAACGUCCUGGUGAGCGGCAAGCGCAAGAACCUGAUUCCCUUGCGAGCGAGUAAAAUCAGAGAGAAGGUCGACCGGGCCGUGGAGGCUGCAGAGAAGGGGUCAGACAUCGCCAAGCAGAAGGCUGAGAUCGCCAUGUCUCGGAUGAGCCACGCUCGCGGAAAGGCUGAGGCCGCUGAGGCUGUUGCCCAGAAGUCCUCAGAAGAAUGUCGGCUUGCCCGGAUCGCUGCAAAAGAGCUCUCUCCCUCCUUCCACAUAUAUGGGAAUGGUAAUCUUAAUGGGCUCGAAUGUCAGCGACCCAAGCACCAGGACGCCAAGGACAAAGACCAUGAGGUCAUCUCUACAGGAACAGACAGUCCUGAGCUCUGCACUCCGGACACCACGCCGCCCAUCAUAACACCUGAUCUCAGCCCUGUGCUGAGCCUUCCCGCCUCGCCCCCCUGCACCCCGGCCAAGCAUAGCCACCGUCCCCGGAACGCCUGCUUCAUGCGACAGAGCGCUGUGGACGACCAGAGCGGGGCGGAGAUACAGGUGCUCGUGGAGGGGCGGGGCAUGGAUCUUCACCGGGGCGGGGCCAACACCUGGACAGAUGAUAUGUAUCCCGACAGGGGAGGCAGCAGCCGCUCCACCACACCCUCCCUUCUGGAGGAGCAAGAGGGCCAAAUGAAUGGCCACGAGCAAGCCCCUUUGACCAAUCACAAACCACGGGAGAAGUCUGUAUCCAAUCACAAGUCCCGGGAGCACUCUUCUUCCUACAGAACGUGGGACCACUCUUCAUCCAAACAAAAGCCCUCAAAGCAUGCCUCUUCCAAUCAUAAGUCGCGGGAGUAUUCCUCGUCCAACCACAAAACAUGGGAUCACUCCUCAUCCAAUCACAAGCCCUGCGAGCAUGCUUCUUCCAAUUACAAGCCACAGGUGCACAUCUUAUCCAAUCACAAGGCCUUGGAGCAUAACAUGUCCAAUCACAAGACUUCCGAGCAUGCUUCUUCCAAUCACAAGUCCCAAGAUUAUAUCUGCUCUAAUCACAAUGCAAAGGACCACAUCUCUUCCAGUUACAAUCCCCGAGAGCACGCCUACUCCAACCACCACCCACCAGAGCAUGGCUACUCCAACCACCAUCCAAAGCAACACGUCUCCUCCAACCACAAGCAUAGCGAGCACGCAUUGGUGGACGGCCUCCCCGGGGGCUGGACUGCGGAGAGCACCCUGAGGUGGAGCCCCGCCCACUCCCGCCUCACGGAUCACGACGAAGAGAAGCUCAACGACUACACGGUGGACAUGAGGCUGCAGUCUUCCGACGCCCGGGGCCUGGGCCAGGGGUCGCCCCCGCCAAAAAGCAGCAGGCUGCGGUCCCGUGGCCUGCGGCCGGUGAGGGAGGGGUCCAUGGACUCGGUACAGAUGCUGGACAACCUGAAUGUGGGGGCGGAGCUUGAGGACUGGCCUCUGCACAGGGACCUCACCCUCUCGCCCCCCCUGAAGUCGCAGCCCAUCGCAGUGGAGCAGGAAGGAGAGCAUCUCACCCUCAAAUCAAACUCAGGCUCCAGCUCUAUUCUGGUGGUUAUGGUCAUUUUACUCAAUAUCGGAGUAGCCAUUCUUUUCAUUCACUUCUUUAUUUAA